GCACAAGGACGACAAAAACCGAGAAAGCAAUCGGUCCGAGGUGCUUCAGUAGGUCUCCAGACAGCCCUGAUAUGCCUGGGGCCUUGUUAGUAGAUGGAGAUUGUAGAGCAGCAGCUACCUCUUCACGGGAUGGUGUUUCCAUGAGGGCGUCAUACCAACUCUCAUCAAUGUCGGCCCGUGGUUGGUAAGCAUCUACCCAUCGCCCCUCCAAUGGCUUGCAGACGCGUUCAGCAUGAAAUGUGACGCAGAAAUACUGACGAACCCUUUGCUUGAUUUCUAUUGGAUCAUCUGUCACAUAGAGGCCAGCAUCGUCAUUCUCCACAACGAGGUGGUCCAAAUGAAUCCGGCCGGACGAAACCUCCAGAAUGCUGCGGAUCGUCUGCCGUGUGCGCGCCUCGAAGUUGAUAUCUCGACGGUCGAUGUGGUCGUUGAUGAUCAUUUGUCGGUGCGCAUUUAGAUACUCACGGUGGGCGAGGCGAGCAGCACGCCACGUUGUCUUCACAGUCUCGAGCCAGGCCUCCCAUCUGGCAGGAUUAUCGUUGGCGUCGGGGAUCGGGCCAAGACCAAACUCGGCACCAUUAGCAGCGUACCACUUGUGUAUCUCUCUGCGCGUCAGGUUCUUGAGUGCGUCGUCAGAGACAUGUUGGUCGUUGAAUGCGCUGCGGACGGAACGAAUGAUAUAUCCAAGGUCACUGGUCUUCGCCUGGAGCCGAUCUUCAUCGCGACGGGGUUGCGGGACACCUCCAGUCUUGACAGAGGGAAGGUGCGCAUAGGCAGCCGACAUCACGAUGGAGUGAAAGCGGUCCCACACCGGAUCGAGAGGUAGCGUCUGGAGGAGCUCAGGCGAUGCGUAUGUUGUUUCUGGAUCACCUUGAAGAUAUUCCGCGAGUCCAUAAGACUCCAGUUGACCGUAGAGGGGAAGAAACUCUUCCACUUGGCUUGAAAAAUCAGACCACUGUUCCUCGCUUGCAGCGUCGACCAGGAUCUUUUUGCUCUUCACGCAGUGGGCUGACCGGAUGUGAUGUGGGGUUGGGCUGACCAAGGUGUGGACGUCGAAAGUAGCCGCAACCAAAGCAUGGUCGGAUCGGAUAGGGGCCACUAGGUGAGAGGACUUGACCUCGAGCAGGAAUCCAGUGAG